UACUUCAUUUCUCUUUAUUGCUUUGUGUACUGGAGUGAACGUCGGGAUCUCCGAGAAGCACAGAGAACACAUCUGUGCAUCAGUGUAACACUGCCAUGUCAUCCAUGUGUCCACGUCUAGCCUUUGUGCUCCUCAUUGCCUUUUGGAGCUGGAGCUGCUCUACUAUGGCAUUUCCUUUUAAUAUGUCAGUGGAGGGCAGUGGAGAUGAACGGGAACUGAUUUUCCCGACGUCCCGCACCACCCACAUACCUCCACCCUCACCUACACCAAUGCUUAGCAUCACCACCACCUUCAUCCGCAUCAAGCAAUUCCUGCUUCACGAUGUAGUGGACUUUUUGCGUGACAACAUGCUCCUCAUUAUGGUAGUGAUGUCGCUGCUAAUUGUCAUCAUCUUCAUUGCUUGUUGUGCCUCAGCCAUGAGCCACAAGCGCAAACUUGAAGCCUACUAUCCACCCAAGAAACAAGUACCAAGGAAGUACAUGACUGUACCAAGUAAGGGGGAGGAGCAAAGCCUGAUGGAGCCCCAUAGUGCCACUACAAGCUACCAACGUUCUCCUUCUAAAGCUCUAGUGGGUGAUAAAGAAGGCAAAGAUCCAAGACCAAAACCAAAGGAGGUUCAGAAAGCAGAAGAUGUGGAGGAAGUUGAAGUGCAGAAGGAAGAAGAAAAGAAGAAGGAGGAGCCCAAGCCAAGUACGUCCACAGCAGGUAAUGGCCAGGCACUUGUGUGCACUUGCCACUUGAGGAAAUCAAACCAAACCUCACACUGAGAAAACAAGUGAGUUAUUGAGGAAUGCCUCUCUACAAAGGACUUGUGGAUUUGGACUUGUUGCUGUAAUGUUCCGAUACAUCUCCUGUUCAUUCAUUGGAUGGAAAUUCAGAUACGGGACCUUCUGCUUCUGGAAUGUCAGUUAUGCAACCUUCUACCAAGCAAUUUGUUGAGCUGAAUUUAAAGGGGAUACGAUUAAUGUUUUAUACACCAACUUACACUCCAAUAGAAAGGUAACAUCCUUUCUGUUAUUGAAAAUGUUCUCUGCUUAAUAGCGUAUCAAUCAUCAUGCUAGUGAUAAUGAUUGCUCUCUGGCUUCAUUUCACUGAAUAACAGCCUUGAUAUGUGUAUCAUCAAAUUUGGAAAAUAAAAUAAAAAGAAAUGAGCAAGUUUAUUCUUUUAGAAAUCAUUUCCUGUCUCAGGUAUUCGUUACCAAAAACAAGGUGGAUGAUUGAAUAAGGAAUAAAACCCUUAGGGGUGGGUGUGCUGGAACAGGAAAAUAAUCAGUGACAGGGUAGAGUGAUGCAGCCGAGCUACUGUUAUCACCUCGAAGUUCUUUUUUUUUUUAAAGAUAUA